AUGUCUCAGCCACAGCAAGGCCAGAAUGAGCUGCAGACUCCCGGCACUGGCUUUGACAUGCAAUUCACUCCACUGCUGCCAUCCCAGUUGCUUCUGGGCAGUCCUUUUCAGCCUGGAACGCCCGCCAACUUUGCUAAUACGCAAUAUCAGAACUACGGAUACCAACAGCCACAACAGCAGCAGCAUGGUAAUCAGCAGCAACAACAAAACGUAGGCAGUCCCGUUCAGCCAUUGUCCCCGCAGCUCUACCAGACACUCGUUUCUCCUUCAGCUUACGGCGCUCCUCAAUUUUUCAACCCACAAUCGCCCACGGGCCAGUUUGCCGGCCUAGCAAACCAAAUGCAGCAGCUGCAGAUCCAACCGUCGUCUCCUGUCCACAUGUCUCCAGGCUUAGUAUCAGGUACGAGCAGGACAGUGUAUCUAGGGAACAUCCCCCCGGAGACGUCCGCUGAGGAAAUCUUGGGCCACGUGCGCAGUGGUCAGAUCGAAUCCGUCAGACUUUUGCCAGACAAGAACUGUGCCUUCAUUUCUUUCUUGGAUGGCAGCUCUGCUACACACUUUCAUUCUGAUGCCAUCUUGAAGAAACUAUCGAUCCGCGGUCAGGACAUCAAGGUCGGCUGGGGAAAACCAUCUCAAGUACCAACGUCUGUUGCUCUGGCCGUCCAACAGUCAGGUGCUUCUAGGAACGUAUACUUGGGAAAUCUUCCCGAGGAUGUUACAGAGGACGAGCUUCGCGAGGAUCUCAGCAAGUUCGGCCCGAUUGACACCGUGAAGAUUGUCCGCGAAAAAGCAAUUGGUUUCGUUCAUUUCUUGUCAAUUGGCAACGCGAUCAAGGCGGUUUCCCAACUCCCCCAAGAACCAAAGUGGCAGUCUCCCCGACGGGUCUACUAUGGGAAAGAUCGAUGUGCAUACGUCUCGAAGACGCAGCAACAGAAUGCGGCGCAGUACCUUGGUAUUGCACCUGGCUAUUCACACGUGCUCAACGGAGCGGAUCGCGACCUUAUCUCGAAUGCCCUUGCGCAACAGUCUGUGGCCGCUGCUGCCGUGGCUACAACGGCUGGAGGGAUUAACAACCUUGGCAACCGAACUGUUUACUUGGGAAACAUUCAUCCAGAAACUACUAUUGAAGAAAUUUGUAAUGUUGUCAGAGGUGGACUUUUACACCACAUUCGAUAUAUACCCGACAAGCAUAUCUGCUUUGUCACCUUUAUUGAUCCUACUUCGGCAGCUUCUUUCUACGCUUUGAGCAAUAUUCAAGGCCUAAUGAUUCACAACCGGAGAUUGAAGAUUGGGUGGGGCAAGCAUUCCGGUGCACUGCCAGCUGCGAUUGCCCUAGCUGUUAGCGGUGGAGCUUCCCGAAACGUCUACAUUGGAAACUUGGACGAGUCCUGGAGCGAGGAGAGGCUGAGACAGGACUUCUCCGAAUAUGGUGAGAUUGAGCUUGUCAAUACUCUCCGAGAGAAGAGCUGCGCAUUCGUCAAUUUCACCAACAUCGCAAACGCUAUCAAGGCCAUCGAAGCUGUUCGGGGUAAGGAGGAUUACCGCCGAUUCAAGGUCAACUUUGGCAAGGAUCGUUGCGGCAACCCUCCUCGUCAAGUCGCGCAAUCCCAACAAUCCCCCAGGAACGAUGGUGUUAAUUCCCCUCCUCCAAACAGCGGCGGUCUCCAAUCGAGCCAGAACGGUUCCUCCCCAACUGGAUCCGUAGCUCAUGGGCCGACCAGCGGCAAUAACCAGAACUUCCAACCUGCUCCUACGCCAUCGACCAUCUUGAAUGCCGGCAGCAACAACCCCCUAACCAUGUACCUGAACCAAGUUUCCCAGCAGGCUCAGGCUGCUCAGCAACAGCUAGACCCUUACUCUGUCGCUCAACUGCAGCAGCAGCAACAGCAGGUUCUCGCCGCGCAACAAGCCGCUCUCUACGGAAACGGUUCCGGCGAUGGUCUCGACAUUCCUCGACAGUCCCCUGGACUGGGCCACCAGCAGUCAGCUUCUACCUCUGGUAUGAACGGCUUCCAGAACGGCACCUCCGGUGCACAGACCAUUGGGGGUCUCCUUGCUCCUUCGAGAAGCCAUAACCGUGCAGCUUCGCUCCCAGCAUUCGGACCGCAGGUGAACGUAUUCCCAGACCAGAAUGGGGGCAGUGCAAAUGGUAAUGAGCAACGGGGAAGGGGCCAUCGGUACCAGGCGAGCUUCUCAGGAGGCCUGAACAUGGGGAAUGGCAACCAGUACGUGAAUGGUGGAGCGAAUGGGUACGGACUGGGACAGGAUGGAGGGAUGUUGAAUGGUUGGACAGAGGAAGAGGUCAGAAACUGA